UCGUCAUGGCGCUCCGUCCAUUGAUCCAUUGUGUGCAUCCUCUUCUUCGCCCCACCCUUUCGCUUCUUUGAGCCCUUUCCUCUCCCCACCUUUUUCUUUCUUGAGACAGCAAAGAACAUGAACUACGGCCAGACACGCAGGCAAAAAUCGGUUUUGGAGACCUAUAUUGAACGCGCCUGUGAUCCAACCCGAUACGAGCCGGAUCUAGCGUUGAAUCUCGAGAUCUGCGAUGUUAUCAAAGAGAAGCAGAAGAACACACCGCGAGAAGCAGCUAUCUAUAUCGUGCGACUCAUUAAUCACAAAAAUAUGCAUGUUGGCAUGUUGGCUCUGACUCUUCUAGACAACUGUGUCAAAAAUUGCGGCUACCCCUUCCACUUGCAGAUCGCGACCAAGGAGUUCCUCAAUGGCUUGGUCCGCAAGUUCCCGGAGAGGCCUCUCACGGUCCCAACACCAGUGCAGACGCGUAUUUUGGAGCUCAUUCAGGAAUGGUACACAACGUUGUGCAAGGCGUCGCGGUACAAGGAGGAUCUCGUCCAUAUCAGGGAUAUGCACCGAUUGUUGGCGUUCAAGGGAUACCGUUUCCCGCAGACCAAAACGACAGCGGCAGCGGCAGCGGCAGUGCUGAACACUUCAGAUUCCUUAAAGUCGCCAGCAGAGCUCGAACAAGAAGAUCGAGUAGCGCAAGCAGCUAAACUUCAAGAGCUAAUUAGGAGAGGACGACCGGAGGAUGUGCGUGCGGCAAACGAGCUCGUUAAAAAAAUGACAGGAUAUGAGCAAGAGGACAAACCAAAUUAUGCGGAGCAGGCUUCUGCGGAACAACAAAAAAUCAUGCAAAAGGCGGCGUUUUUGACAGAAAUGCUAAACGAUGUCAAACCUGGAGAGAUCAUAGGAAGAGGUGACAUUUUCGAGGAACUGUACCAGACCUGCAGGUCAGCCCAUGUCAAGGUCAAGAAGUUUAUCAGCGACGAUGAGGAUCCUGACAACAUGGACAAGCUGCUACAACUGAAUGAGGCUUUGAGUAACGUGAUCGAGCAGUACGACCAGGUCAAGGGCGGAAACCUCGUCAAGGUCGCGGUUCCUGACAUUAGUGAGGAGAGCAAUGGUCAGGGCAGGCAGGGAUCUAUUCAGCAGGCAUCAUCACCGCAGCAGCAGAAGAGAGAAUCUUCGAGCAACCUGUUAGAUCUUGAUGACUCGCCCAGCGGAUCUCCGACGGCCACCACUCCAAAGACAACAGGCAACCUAAUGGAUGAUCUUAUGAACCUCAACUUCAGUGACAUUACACCACCACCUUCGUGGGGUGCUGCUGGAUGCAUCAAUCUCGGCCAAUCUGAUAGCAGCAGCAGCGGUAGCAAGGCGGGUCUCGCUUCAUCGUCCUCCAAUGGUGGAGCACCCAGUUACAAUAUGUUUGCGUCGCCCGUUGCCAGCGUCAACCCAGUUUCUGUCGAGUCGUCCUCAUCCACGUCCUCCUUGAAGCCUGUACUGGCAACGGCAUCACCUGUACAAGCCAUGUCAUCGCCAAUGGACGAUUUCGAGUUCGUAUCCAACACAGGAGCUUCUCCACAGGAAAACGGUAUAUCAAAUGUCGUCCUCAUAAACAAGAAUGGACUACAAAUCGACCUUGAUAUAGAGAAACAAUUUAACUCAGACCGGGUCUACAAGGUUAAGGCGUACUUUUCUAAUCACCAGAACAGCCCUCUUACGGCCCUGACAUUCCGUGUCGCCGUUCCAAAGAAACUGCAGCUCAAGCUCGACCCUCAGUCCGCGCAGGCCGUUCCGCCCUUCAGUAAACAAGCGGUGACUCAGGAGAUGACGAUCUGGGCUCCUGUGGAGACGGCGGUUGUGAGGAUGAGGUAUCAUGUCUCUUAUGUGAUCGGUGGUAGAGUGAUAGAGGAGCAGGGCGAGUUCUCGCAGUUUCCUUGAUGAUGAAGGAGAUGCUGCUAUAUGAAAACAUAAUAUACGCAUAACAAUAUAAUUCCGGUCGAAUGAAG